AUGAAGAUCUACCACAUCAUCGCCCUUGCUGCGGCUGUUGUCGCGUCGACUGCCGCCCCUACCAACGCUGAAUAUGGCGUGAUGACCCAAGGCCAGAACCCCCUUGUGAACCGACGACUGGGGGCUGGCAGUCUCCGCGGCUCGACCAAGCAGGAAGAGCAGCAGCUGCAGAACUCGGACAGCUUCAGCCAGAGCGACGAGUCUGAUCAGUCGGACGAGGACGACGACUCGGAGAGUGGCAGCGGCAACGAUGACGGCGACGACGCUAAGCAAGAAGACGACAAGGAAGACAAGGAAGUUGCCAAGAAGGGCGAGAAAGAGAAGAAGGAAGAUGAGAAAGAAAAGAAUGGCGGUCACGAGGACAAGGGUGGCAAGAAGAAGGAUGGAGAGGACAAUGGGGACGAUGAGGACAAGGAUGGUAAAAAGAAGAAGGACAAGGAGGAGGAGGAGGGGGAUGAUGAGAAGGAUGACAAGAAAGAAAAAGAUGACAAAGAAGAGAAGGAUGGCGAGAAGGACGACAAGAAGAAGAAGGAUGGCAAGGAAGACAAGGAUGACGAGAAGGAGAAGGAUGACAAGAAAUACACCGAUGACAAGAAGGAGAAAAGUGAGAAAAGUGAGAAAAAGGAGAAGGGUGACAAGAAGGAGAAUGAAGACGAGGAAGAGAAGGAAGGCAAGGGAAAGAAGCAUAGUGAGAAAGAGAACGAUGACGAUAAGGAGAAGGAUGAUAAGAAGGAGAAGGAAGACGAGAAAGAGAACGAUGACAAGAAGGAUGUCAAGCAAGACAAAGAUGAAAAGGACGGACAUGAGAAGAAGGAGAAGGACGGACACGAAAAGAAGGAAAAGGACGGACAUGAGAAGAAGGAGAAGGAGGACAAGGGUGGGGAGAGUGCCGACGGCAACGACAAGGGUGACGACAAUGACGAAGAGAAGAAGAAUGAAAAAGAGAACAACGAAGAUGGUUCAAAGGAUGAAAAGGAGGGGAAUGACGACGAGAAGGAUCACAAGGGUGGAGAAGACCAAAAGAACGAGAGCGAUGAAAAGGAGAAGGGCGACAACGAAGAGAAGGGGGGCGAGAGCCAAGAGGGCGACAAGCAUGCUGGCAAGAAGAGCGAACACGAGGCGGAUGACGAAAAGAAGAACGACGAGCAGAGCCAGGAGCAGGCCCAGCAGGAGCAGUCAUGA